ACUGCAACUUGGUAAAAUAAAUUUCCUUUUUAACCCAAUUUAUCCCUAUUUGUUUAUUUACCCCCAAACCCCACGCCCACUCUCCAACAUUUUCGUCUGCAAAGAAUAAGCAGGAAGAAGAGGACUUGUCCAACUGAUAAAUUCCGAUUCUGUCGACGAUUUUUUAUAUAACAAACUCAAUUCUUCUCUCCAAUUUUUUUUUUAGGCCAAGAUGGUGACUGGUAGCUCUCAUAAAUCUGUGAAAUUCUCCAGUUAGGUCACGUUUCAAUUUCUCGACCCACACUAAAAAAAAUUCAACUUUUUUUUUCUUUUAUGACUUUGUAUUUGUUUACAGGUGCUCUGUCGAUUUCUUGCUCUGCAAAAUUCAAAACUGCUAUGAGUUUUCCUUCAGAUUUCCUCUCUUCCUUUCCUUCAAACUGAAUUUUUCACCACUGGGUGUUAAAAUCCAUGGCGGAUUCUUUCUCCCAACCCUCCUGGUUUCUUUGAAAAUGGAUUUCUAUUAUCGCUUAUUCUUUCAGAAUCUGUUGUUGUUACUCGCUAUCCUAUUCAUCUCUGUUUAUUUCUUUUUGGUUCCUCUGUUCAGUUUCAUCCCUACAUUGUUAGUCAGAUUAAGAAGGGGUCACGCUACUUUAAACGACAAUUCGGAAUUUUUUGAAGUUCUGCCUGAAGAAAAUAACCAGAAACGAUCCGACAAUGUGAAGGUUGAGCAAGAAUUAGAACCAAAGUUUGAAGAUUUUGAGAAAGUGGAUUGGGACAAGAAUGACGAUAAGGAGAAAACUGAGUUUUGUUUCAAGUUCAAAUUCCCAACCUAUGAGGAAUUUAGUAAAGACAAGACAGAAACGGGUGAAGUUAUCGCGUCUGAUUUUGUACAAGAAAAGAGUUUUAGCAGUUUAAUUCAAGAACCUGAGAUUGUGAACCUGAAUGCUGAAGAGAUUGGUUGUGAUACGAAAGAUGUGUUUGAUUUGGACGAAGUACCACAGCAUAAAACAGAAGGCAUUCAGGAGGAAGAGGAGCAUACAAGCGUGCCUGAACACCACGGUCAUCAAAAGGAAAUUGAAGGAAUGGAAUUCUUCAAGGGAGAAUCAGAUACUGGGUGCAAACAAUUUUUGGGUGAUUCAGAUUUUCCUGAUGAAUUUUUGUUUCAAUCAGAGAGAGAUUCUUCGGGUACGGAUUCAGACACUGUUUCAGUUGGUUUUGAGCAUAUGCGUUCGCUUAUGAGCAGGUUAGUAAAUUCCUACAGUGAUGGCUUCUUGUCAGAUGAAGAUUUUGGUGGUGAAUUUGAGCUUGAUCCUUUACAUGAUAUUGAUUCAGACUUAAAAAAUCUUGAAAUGUCUGAAGAAAAUCAUGAAUCUGAGGAUUUUGAGGACAGUGAUAGUGAUAUAAUGGAAGAGUUAAGGGAAUUAGAACAAGAAGACCAGAAAAAUGACUCAGAAUUUUUAUCCCAGAAUGAUAUUCAUGAAGAUUUGGGCAUGGUUGAAUUUGUUACAGAAGAUGACAAGUUACUAAAUGGUCCACAAGAGUCUGAAAAUCCCAAGUCAAUAAACACAGCUAUUGUUGACACUUCUGGGGAUGCAAACAAAUUAGAGUCCCUGUGGGAACAUCAAGAAUUGAUCGAACAAUUAAAAAUGGAAAUCCGGAAAGUCAGAGCCACGGGUCUGCCUACUAUUUUGGAAGAGUCCGAGUCUCCAACAAUGGACGAAUUACAACCGUGGAAGAUUGAUGAAAUGGUUCAUCGUGAAGAUUCUAUGAGCGAACUUCACAAAUUCUAUAAGAGCUACAGAGAGAAAAUGCGAAAAUUCGACAUCUUGACGUAUCAGAAGAUGUAUGCAAUAGGUUACCUGCAGAAAGAUCCUCUAAAAGAUCCACUGCAAUUAUUGUUCAACCAGAAAUCUUCAGAAAUGCAGAGUGAUUUGGAAGUGGUAUACGUUGGCCAGAUGUGCCUUUCUUGGGAAUUUUUGCACUGGCAAUAUAUGAAGGCUUUAAAUUUGUGGGAUUCUGAUCCACGUGGGAUCCGUAAAUAUAAUGAAGUUGCUGGAGAGUUUCAACAGUUUCAAGUGCUCAUGCAAAGAUUUAUUGAAAAUGAACCUUUUCAAGGACCAAGAGUUCAAUAUUUUAUCAAGAGUCGAUAUGAUCUUCGUAAUCUUCUUCAAGUUCCUGUUAUUAGAGAUGACAGAAUGAAGGACAGAAACAAGGCAAGAACAAAAGAGAGAGCUGUUUUUUCAAUUACAAGUGACAUGCUAGUGGAGAUACUGGAAGAAUCUAUACGAAUAUUUUGGCGCUUUGUCAAAGCUGAUAAAGAUUGUUAUAGUGUGAUGGCGAAAGGUCAAAAAGGGAUUCAUCCAGAGGUACAAGAACAGGAGGACGUGGAGCUUUUACUGGAGAUCAGAAAAAAUCUUGAAAAGAAGGAGAAGAAGCUGCAGGAAGUAUUGAGAAGUGGAAAUUGCAUAUUGAGGAAGUUCAGGAAGCACAGAGAAGAGGAUUCAGAUCAUGUACUCUAUUUUUUCUCUCAAGUAGAUGUGAAAUUAGUGGCUAGGGUCCUCAACAUGCCAAGGCUAACCAAAGAUCAACUAGUGUGGUGUCACAAUAAAUUAAGCAGGAUUAGUUUUGUACGUAGGAAAAUACAUGUAGAGCCCUCUUUUUUGCUCUUCCCUUGUUAAUACUAGUCAUUAUUUUAGUAUCAAAUUAAGCCAACAAA